AAAUCAAAGAUCCUGUCAAGUUAUCUAGCAAACUUACCAGAGCUCUCUACAGGAAGCUACAGCAUAGCCCUAACACUUGGGUAGCUUACACUACUUCGAGAGUUGGAUCAGCUAGGUUCCCUGAACGGUACCAAGCGUCCUUCCCUGAUUCAGUGACGGUUGCUGGUUUAGAAGUUUCUGAAGGUGAUUCCAUUCUCGAAGUUUCCUCCGGAGCAAGUACUUCUUCGAAGACUCAAUCACAGAAGAUGCCAAUUCAACCUUCCUUCCGUUCCAGGGGUAGAUCGACCAAGGCUGCCAGCUCCUCUAGAGGGAGUGAUAAGAACCAAGGGGGAUCCUUCCUCGACUCUGUGAAGGAGGUUCUUGAUGAAGGAGGCUCUGCCCCUGCUAAAGGUGUCGUCUCUUCGGAACCCAAGGUUCAGGAAGUUGGCCUUCCCUCCGAGGUCCCGAUGACUGAAGCUGAUCCUCAAGUAAUGAGGGACCCCCCGGAGUCUGAGCCCCCGAGGAACAAGAGGUCCCGAACCGACCAGGUUGAUAGACCUUCGAGGUCUUCCUCCUCCUCCUCUAGAGGAGGAACCGUUGGCUGGACCUUUUCUCAUUCAAAGCCUGGAUCGGUCUUGGACGAUCCGUGGGGUUUGGCUACUCUGAUGAGGCACAUGAAGAGUCCCGGGUGUCCCCUCCCCUCGAUCUCCAAUAUCACGCACAAGGAUGAGUACGUCGAUAUUGCUCAUCACAUGGGUCAGCUGGCUGGAGCUAUUAACAGAGCUCAAUUCAAGUUUGAGGACGCUGUACACAAUGCUCCUAGCGCUGAGGAGUUAGCCCAGUUUUUGGCUUUAGUCGUGAAAUAUGACAGCUUGAUUAUAAUCGAAUCUUGUGUUAAGUCUGAAAGACUUUGGUCGUUUUUAGUUCCUUAA